UGAAAAGCACCAGCUAUACCUCGUAAAGCAUUCAGGUGAAGAUAUACAGUAUGUAAUGUGAUUAUGUGCACUUAAGGUCAAUGCUUCUAUAAAUUAAACUUUGCUUUCUUGAACUCAGACACUUUACAGAAGAUUUAGCAUAUUUGCUGUGAGAUUAAAAAUUAAUUAAUUUGGAUGCAGAUUAUUAUAGAACUACAUUUGCUGUGAGAGAAAAUUAAUUAAUUUGGAUGCAGAUUAUUAUAGAACUACUCAUUUGUUGUUAGAUCUACCAAAAUGCACUCAGUUUCAAAUUCAAUAAAAAGAAGACUAUCAAGAAUUCCAUCUGAGAGCUUUGGAAUUGGGAGCCUGCAUUUGAAACCUUAUGACAUCCUACUGAAAGAUUUGGAAGUUCAAAGUAGCCUGGGACGCGAAAAUGGUCUGAAGGCAUGCAGGGCGAUGUGGCGUCAAACGUCAACUGUAAUUUGGGAGAUAGACAAGACUGGACAAGACAUCACUCCUCUACUCGAUAUAAAGCACUCAAAUAUCUUGAAAGUCUUCGGUUCGGUAAUUUCUGACAAACCCACUCAUCCAAUGCUCCUUCUGGAGUAUGCACCCGGAGGUAACUUAUUCAAUUACAUUCACCGACGUGAGGAGGCAAUACCGAAACAGCAAUUCUUUAACUUUGUUUAUGAUGCCUUUCAAGCUGUUCAAUAUCUGCAUCGAUGUAACAUUGUUCAUAAGCACAUCAGAUCUAAAAACUUCUUGGUCUUUCCACAAGGUCUGAAAGUUUGUAAUUACAGCAUGCUGAAGUCAGAGAGGAACAGUAUUAAUGUAGAGAAUGAAAGUUGGCGAUGGUCUUCCCCAGAGAUGCUGAGGAAUCCUCUAGAAGUAACCACACAAUCUGAUACCUACUCUUUGUUGAUAGUGGUAUGGGAAAUGUUGACUGACAAACUGCCAUUUGAAGAGGAAGAUGAGAGAUCCAAAUGGAAAAUCAUUAAUGAAGACCUUCGUCCUUCAAUUCCGAAUGACCUGAAGGGAAGCAUAGUAAAAAUCUUCAAAAAUGGCUGGCAGAAGGAUCCUAUCAAACGACCGAACAUUGAUGUCACCGAGCAAUCUCUCUGCUUGUAUGCCUUAGAAAAUGGCUUUUCGUAUCACAGAUUUAACCAGUCAUUUGACAUGCUAACUUGCAAGUGCAGAGAAGAACUACAAGAUAGUAUGAGCGUUUUAAAUGUGGUAGUUAUAUCAAGUAAUGUCGUAGCUAUCCAUAUGAUUGUGAGUAACAGUACGUACAAGGUUCAAAUUUUUACUAUUAACAAAGGCUUAUUAAAAGUUGUGGAUUCUAUUAGCAAUGGAGAUAGUAGUAAGAUAUCUGUAUUUAGGAUCUGCGCAAAGAAGCAGAAGAUUCUUGCUAUUGGUGGAAAGCUUGAUUUGGACGACAUCAUUAUGACAACAAUAAAUACUGAUGGGGAACAUGAAGAUGAGCGCAUACUAAAAAGUCACUUCCCAUGGUACAAAUGUCAGAGUGUAGCAUGCGACAACCAAGGUAAAAUCUACAUCUUGGUACUUCAGUCGCAUCAUACCUGGCAGUGCUGGAAGUAUGAUGAGACUAAACCAUGCUGUUUGAUAUUCACACAUAGAGGUCUUAGUGUGGCACCUAAGAUCCUGAUCCAGAACAACAUGAUAUGGUGUACACUUGCAUCCAAUGUUGGUAUAUACGAUCUUGUGGGCAAUCGGCUGCAUAAUUUGCAAAUAUCGUUUCUAGAUCUUGCAAUCUCUAAGGGCGGUUUUAUCGCUACAAGCAUUCCAUAUUCAAACAAGCUACAGCUCCUUAACUACACAGGUAAAGAAAUCAAAGCAUUUACAAUCUUGAAGAGAGAUGAUGAAGAUACACAUUUAGCAUUUCUCACAGAUACAAGUAUCAUCAUUGCAAAUGAUCACAGCAUUGAAAUGGUUCAACUGAACAGCAUUGACUAG